UACGUUCUCUCCUCCGAUCAAUGCGGCAGCAGGGAAAGGCAAAGAAGCCCCCGACUUUGAGGGACGGAAACCGUAAGGAAAAUACGGAUCAAACGAUGCGCUAAACAUCCGCUACCUUCUUACCUAUUUUUUUUAUUCAUUAUUGAGCUGCUGUAGCCUACAGCCAAGUCCGCUAUGGUGGAUAACCUGGCGUAAAUAUUAGGGAGUGAGAAAAAAAAAAUCUUCCUAACAGACUAGACUGCUCUGUCUGCGUUGAGGAUAUUUUGACAUCAUGGACCGACAUGUGAAAUGCUCAGAUCUCAUGGAAAGGCCGCCUCGAGUAGACUCCGUGUACACCGGUCGGUCGUCUCAGCAGUAGUAGGCCUACUAGCCUACAUUCAAAGUUUUUUGGGAAAAGGAAAUUUACUGCAUCGGAUUCCUGUAGAGGGGAUGUCCUCCGCCGCGCGUCGAGCCCCAGCGGCGGAGCGAUCUGCGGUCUAACGGAACAGUCAAACAGGGUGGAAAAUGAGCGAUGCGGCAGACGGCCCGGGGAUGAGACGGACUUUUAUCGUUCCGACCAUCACAUCUUUCGAUCACUACGACUUCACCAGGGCUAAGAUCAAAUGCAGCCUGACAUGGCUGGUUGCAAAAGCCUUCGGAUCGGAUGCGGUUCCGGAGGAGCUGGCCGAGCCCUUCUACCUGGACCAGUACGCCCAGGAGCACCUGAAGCCCCCGGUGGCCUGCCUGCUGCAGUCCGCCGAGCUCUACUGCCGCGCCGGGAGCCUGAUCCUCCGCAGCGACGCCGUCAAACCCCUGCUGGGACACAACGCCGUCAUCCAGGCGCUGGCGCAGAAGUGCCUGUACGUCACCGACCAGGACCGGCUGGUCACCGAGAGGGACCUGACCGGCUCGCCCAUACACAUGAGCUCCCACCUGGCCCUGAUCGACGCCCUGAUGAUGGCCUACACCGACAGCCUGCCCCGGCUGCGGCGCUUCAGCCCCAGCCAGACCCAGACCAGCUCCUUCGCCUACCUGGGUCACGACGAGGGCCCCCUGGCCCUCGACAGCCUGGACCCCCAGGACCCCCUGGACCCCCAGCAGAGGGACAAGCACCCGGAGGAGGGGCCGAGGCAGAGUGCGGGCGCUCUCCGGCCUCCCGCCAAAGGAGCCGACGCCGAGCCCGACCCCGGGGAGCGGCGGGAGGUGGCGGCGGCGGGGAAGGCCACCGAGGGGGUGAUCUCGUCGGAGGUGCGGUGCCAGCCGGGGGCGGACCACCAGGGGCACGGCCGGCGGCAGGGGACGGCGGAGCAGAGCGACCCGGGCAGGAGAGACCUGAGGGAGGUGCCCCUGUUCCAGAAGGACAACACAGAGGAAGAGGCAGCGUUGGAUGGAGGUGCGGGGAGGGAUGCCUACGGAGAUGACCAGAAGAUGUGCUGUGGAUUCUUCUUUAAGGAUGAUGCCAAAGGUCAAGAGGACAUGGCAGCCAAGAGAGAAGCUCUGCUGGAGAAGAGGCUGAGGAGGGAGAAGGAGGCGCAGGAGAAGAAAGUACAGCAGGAACAGGAACAGGAGGAGAAGAAGGAGGCUGCAAGGUUGAGGGCGGAGGAGGAGCUGCAGAAGAAGGACGACGAGAAAGCGAGGAGGGAUUACAUCAAGAACGAGUACUUGAGGAGGAAACAGCUCAAGCUGAUGGACGACAUGAACGACGUCAUCAAGCCCCGCUCGGGAAGCCUGAAGAAAAAGCCCCGCCCUAAAUCCAUCCACCGGGACGUUGUGGAGUCGCCCAAGCCCCCAGUCAGGGCAGCAGGGGCGCGUCCUCGUGGGUAUUCCGUCUCCAGUGUCUCCCUGGCCUCCCUGAACCUCGGUGACAAUGACAGCAACCAAUCGGACAACAGGAAAACUCCCAGAGGCAAUAAAGUAGCUUCCUGUCAUAUAUCGUUCUUUCUUAGCUCUCCCAAAGAAAGAAAGGGAAGGCCCGACUCCGCGGGGGGCUUUUCUUCCUGUCCGUCAGCUGGAAGCCGCAACGGAGAGAAGGACUGGGAGAUUGAGUCCACCACCUCCUCCACACCCUCCAACACAGAGUACACAGGACCCAAGUUGUACAAGGAACCAAGUGCCAAAUCAAACAAACACAUCAUACAGAACGCCCUGGCUCACUGCUGCCUGGCGGGCAAGGUCAACGAAGGACAGAAGAACAAGAUACUGGAUGAAAUGGAGAAGUCGGAGGCCAACAACUUCCUGGUGUUGUUCCGCGACGCGGGGUGCCAGUUCAGGUCGGUGUACACCUACUGCCCCGAGUCGGAGGAGAUGACCAAGCUGGCCGGCAUCGGCCCCAAGAGCAUCACCACCAAGAUGGUGGAGGGCCUGUACAAGUACAACUCGGACAGGAAGCAGUUCAGCCACAUCCCGGCCAAGACCAUGUCGGCCAGCGUGGACGCCGUCACCAUCGCCAGCCACCUGUGGCAGACCAAGAAGCAGAGCACCCCCAAAAAACUGCAGCCCAAGUAGUGCAGGACUGAACACACACACGCACAGACGCACGCGCACGAAAAAGACAUCUCUCGUUCAUCAGGAUCACCCAUAUGAAUGGGGGCUUGGUGUAAAUAUUUUUUUCAUCCAAGGGGCCACGUGGCUGUUGACUUGGCAACUGGAAUGUAGGACGGAGAGCUUCAACAAAAGGGCGUCGCAGUUAACAGAACCGAGUGGGACAACUAAGACUUUUCAAUGAGGGGCGGUGUACUGUAUGUGGGUGUGUCUGUCUGUGUGUGUGUGUGUGCGUGUGUGUGUGUGUGUGUAUACUUGUGUUGGCAUGUGUAUCCAUGUUCUUCUGUGCCAAAAAAACGAAAGUAAAGAAGAGGCGAUGGACCUUUGCCUUACCUUGUAGUACCGCUGAAGCACUGAAUGUCACUCCUCAGUUAGAGGCAGUUUGGUUAUUCUGAGUUGAUCAUGUGUGGCCUUAUGCUUGUUGUGUGUCUCUAACGGAGAAGCCUGCGGGGUAAAGUCUGGUGGGUGGCGGUGUACAUGCCUGUCGCAGACUCUGUUGUGAUGUGAGCGUUGUUCCCUCUCCCCUCCCCUGACUCACACAUCUUCUCCACCAUUUCCAGGAGGAAAUGGUUUGGGAGUUUUAACGAAAGAGAGAGAAUGUGAGAGAACAACUUUUUUUUGUAUUAGCACUUAGAAUGCAUUGUACAAGGUGAAUGGAACGGUCUAAAUGUGUAUGAAUAGUGAAGUGCCAAGAUUGAGGGAAAUACCUCAAGUUGUUGAAUUGCCGUAACUUUCCAUUGAGUGUAUGAUGAUGGUGAUGAUGAUGAGGAUGAGAAUGAUUAUGAUGAUGAGGAUGAAAUCAUUUAGUGUUUUAUCAUGAAACUUACUCUGGAAAGCACCUACAACCGACUUGUUUAAUUUAUUUCAUUUCACAAUAAUGCUUUGACUGUCUGACACGAGGCAUUUUGGGGAUGUUGUUUUUAUCUGAGUAACACAAUGAACGUAAUGUUUAUGAGUUGAAUAUGCUUGUACAUAAUUGAUAUUUCAUUCAAAAUGAAUGACUGAUUAGUCACCUUUUGAGUAGCUUUAAUCGUUCAUCCUUAGCAUAUAUAAUGUAUCAUAGGGCCUUUUGUCGUACUGAAAAAGCAGUGUGAUCGUUCACCAGUGUUGAUAACACAAUUGUGAUUAUUAUAGACACCCCUCCACUGUGUCCUUAAUCUGUGCAAUCUAUGGAGAGUUAAUACAAUUCUAAUCACGUUGCAUUCUGUGCAUUAAAUUAGUCACUUUGCUGUGGAUAAAGCCCCCCUAAAUACAUUGAAAUUCACAACCUAAACCUAAAUCAAACGUGUAUAUACCAGAUCGUUAGCAACAAUAAUAGCAGUAGAUGAUCCAACAUAGUUGACCUAAUUGCUCACUGAACCUUCUAACCAUAUUCCCACUGUAACACCGACAUGCAGUUGGUUUUAUUUGUGCAUCGUUACAUGUUAAUUUUCCUUUUUGCAUAUAUCCAUGUAUUAUGUGUUUACACUGUACAUAUAUAUUUUGUCAUAUGAAAGUAUUUUUUGUAAGCUGCAUUUACCGUUGGAGGGUUUUGUCAGCACAAUUGUAAAGGAAACAGAACAGUGUUCAGCGUGUAGCUUGGAAAAAAAGGACCUGGUGUGAAGUCCUAAUUCGUGCUCUAGAGUGAUAACUUCAGCAGCACAGAGUGAUCGGAUUCGAGGAGUUUAAAGUCUUACUAUUUUUCCAACCUGAUAUCAUUUUUGUUUUUAAUUCAUCAAGACGUUUAUGGACCUUGUUAUUUUCUAUUAAUUUGAGCUAUUAAAUUGCCAACUAUCAACUGUCA